GCCACCGUGUGCCCCGCCGCUGGCGUGGUUUGGGGGGGUUCCUUGAGUGUUUGGGGUUUUUUUAGGGAAUACUGGCCAAGCCCCUCUCCCUCCGUCUCCUACAGGAGCCUGCACGAUUGGGUGUCCAAAGCUCAACAUGUAAGAGCGGGUGUGGAAUAGGAAGCUGUGCAGGUUUGACCACUGGUUGAGCCCAUAUGGUGAAAGCAUUCAGUUCUCCAGGUCAGCAAGUAUACAUGAAGCUCAAGAUCUGAACCUGCUAUGACUGACCCAGACGUUCUCACUGAGGUCCCAGCAGCUCUCAAACGCCUUGCCAAAUAUGUGGUGCGUGGCUUUUAUGGCAUUGAACAUGCUUUGGCUCUGGACAUUCUCAUCAGGAACCCCUGUGUGAAGGAAGAGGACAUGUUAGAGCUCCUUAAGUUUGAUAGGAAGCAGUUGCGGGCUGUCCUCAACACCCUCAAGGGUGACAAGUUCAUCAAAUGCAGGAUGAGGGUAGAGACGGCUCCGGAUGGCAAAACCACCCGUCAUAACUACUACUUCAUCAACUACCGCCUUCUGGUUAACGUGGUGAAGUACAAGCUGGACCACAUGAGGAGGAGGAUUGAGACGGAUGAAAGAGACUCCACCAAUCGUGCCUCUUUUAAAUGCCCCAUUUGCUUCAGCACCUUCACAGACUUGGAGGCCAACCAGCUGUUUGACCCCAGGACAGGAACUUUCCGAUGUACUUUCUGUGAGACUGAAGUGGAAGAAGAUGAGUCGGCAAUGCCUAAAAAGGAUGCAAGGACGCUGGUGGCAAGAUUCAAUGAGCAGAUUGAGCCCAUUUAUGCACUGCUUCGUGAGACAGAAGACGUUAAUUUAGCCUAUGAAAUCCUGGAGCCAGAACCCACAGAGAUUCCUGCCCUGAAGCAGAGCAAGGAGCGUGCAGCUGGUACUGGUUCAGGGACAGCAGCUGGCCUUGCAGGUGGGCACCAUCGGGAAGCAUGGACUACAAAAGGACCAUCAUAUGAGGACUUGUAUACCCAGAAUGUUGUCAUCAACAUGGAGGACCAGGAGGAUCUCAACCGGUCUGCAGGUGAAGGAAGACCAGCCAGAGAAAGGCCAAUUUGGCUACGGGAGAGCACGGUGCAGGGGGCUUAUGACCCUGAUGAAAUCAAAGAUGGGGGCAGGGAUCUGGAUGCCUUCCAGGAGCGUGAGGAGGGCCGGGCAGCUCUGGAUGAUAACGAGGAGGUGAUGCGUGCCCUGCUUAUCCACGAGAAGAAGACACCUUCUGCUUCAACAGUCACCGUGGGAGGUGGCGCUCCUCUCUCCGGUCCCAACGCUAGUGACUCCGAGAGUGAGACAAGCGAGUCGGAGGAGGAAUCCCCUCCCCGCCCUCCCACAACAGCCACCUCUGCGUAUGGGCUGGAGGAUGAGGAUGAGGAUGAAGAGUUUGAGGUGGUGGCAGAAGACCCCACUGUGACAGUGGCUGGGCGACCACACUCGUACAGCCAAGUGAGCCAGCGCCCUGAGCUGGUGGCCCAGAUGACACCGGAGGAAAAAGAGGUUUACAUAGCCAUGGGGCAGCGCAUGUUUGAGGACAUGUUUGAUUAACUGCUUUGCUGCCAUGGUGUUUUUCAACAAGUGACUUUUUAAGCCAGAGACUCCCUAGUAAAACACAAGACCGAAGCGCACCUUUCCUCCCCUGUGUGCAGGGACACUGGGGCUUGGGACUGCUAAUCUCAGGUAUCUUGCUUACCAGAGUGGGGGAGCAGGAAGGCUGCAUGUGCCAAAACAUGGGGUAGGACAAGUCUCACAAGUGAGGAUGAAGGUGAAAAUCUGCUUCAGGGUGCCCUGCACAGGCACUGCUUUAACCUUCUCCAAGGCCCCAGCAGCUGCCUCACCCCAAUUGCUUUGAGUUGAUUUUUAUUGCAGAUCCUAUUGAAGUCCAGAUCCCUGUCCACAGAGGAUGAAAGGGCUCUGUAGUCUGGUCAGAGUGCUCUGCAGAGGAGGACAUAAGUGAAAUUAUAUUGCCUGUGCUCAGUGAGGGGAGAGGAGAGGGAAGCUCUCAUCUGCUGAUGGCAAGCUUGGGCAGGGCUUGUAGCUGAGCUCCUACCAGCCACUGGCCACCAGAGGGGCUCUUUCUAAGCAGGCCUGUAGGCAGCAACCUUUUCCUGCUCCUGUUCGCUCCUUCCUAGGUCUCAGCCCCUCAAGGCCACUCUUUGUCAGUGUAAUAAAAGCCCUUCAUGGGCUUUAGCUCUUGGAGCGCUCUGACUUGUGAGGAGAUACCUUCACUUUCCAGUAUUGCUGCCUGUUGCUUCUGCCUAGCCCUGUCCAAACUCCAGUGUUGCAGGCGGUUCCUAGUGGUCAGGUCUGCAGUCAGGCAGUGCCAGAGAAAUAGCCUAGCUAGUUUUUAUUUGCAGUCACACCAGGGCUGUCUCGUUUUAAGAGGAAUUAUGCAAUUUUGAAUUCUGCUUGGGCACACUCUUUUCCCAUAGAACCCCAUUAAUCAGUGCCUACGGAGCAAUAGCAUAUUUUUAAUGUUUUUCUCUUCCAAUUGAAAAUGGUUUUUUAAAAUGGUUGUGCUUUCCUAUCAAGUACUGCAGUAAACCAAAAUGAUACCCGAUUUUGUGUUCCAGAGGGUAGGGGCAGUAUUAUGUGCUAUUCCACUUACAUGGGCAGCACCCAUUCACUGUUCACUGAGACUGUAAAUUUGUUUUAUACUCUCUGCUUUCUGUGUUCUGCUGACCAUGUAAUGCCUCCUUUGUGGUUUUAUUUCCAGCUUCUGGAUAUUUUGAAUCCCCUCUUUUUUUUAAAUAGUACAUUAUAUUUGCUUUUAAGUUGUUUUAAAGAAGAACAAAUAAACAGAAACUUCUCCCCUUUGUCAUUACCAGUUUGUCAUGUGCCUAGUUGGGAAUGGUGUUUGCUUAUCAUUUUGAGUCACUUGGUUCAAGACAAAAAAUCACUGUGAGGCUCUCCUUUGAGGGAUGAAGUGUUUGAAAUCCCACUGCACAUUGUUUCUUCUCACCAGAGCUUCCUUGAAUGUCUCCUGGAAUCUCCUGCACUUCCAAAAAGGAUAUUUCAUUAUGGUGCUGUGGGAGGCCCUUUUUGAUCAGCACUUCCAUUCCUUUUCUCUUUCUUUGAGGGAAGCAAAAGCUGAUGGUGGAGGUCUUACAGACAUCGUACUGAUAGCUGAAAUGGUACUCUUGUGUAGACAGACUUCCAAGAUCUGGUGUCACGUUUCUAGAUCUCAAGCCACAGGGCUGGUAAGUCAAACUCAGUGAUCAGGUGACAGAAAAAAAGUGCUGUACCGAUUCUGUCUAGGUUUAAUCUGGUUGAAUUCAAGGUUAACACUGGAGAAAAGCAGGUAGAUGUACGAGGAGACAAAGAUAGAAACUGCAAACUAAUCCUGAAUACAGCACAAUUACUCAUGCUCGUAACUCACCAGUAGCUUAGACUGAGAUUUUAGUCUGCAAAAUCAAACUGUAGGUUUAUUGAAGCUGAAGUGAAGCAAUACUGGGUUUUACCAUGAGAGCACUGAUACUGCAUCUGUAUCCAGCAUAAUCAUCUAUGAAGUAGUGUUUUUACUUAAUAAACACAUUUAAUUUGG